AUGUUUAUUUAUGUACCUUUCUUUUACACAAUAAACAAAGAAUUUUUAAAUUUUCACCCAAAUUUAUAUUCUCUGCGUGCAUUAGCAGUAUAUGAUUAUUCUCCACUUAAUAAUUCAGAUUUAUUAAAAAUAGCCUCUUCUUGUCCAAAUUUGGAACAUUUAGAUUUUUGUUGGAAAAAUUUUGUUCGUAAUUGCAAGGGCCCAGUAGAUGCCCGAGAAUUAGAAGCUCUUUAUUCAUUCAAAAAACUUUCUUCUCUUUCUAUAGAAAUUUUUAUUGUUUGUAGAGGAUGUAUUAAUGAACGAAUGACUUUUCACAGCUUAUUAUGUGAUAAUGGAAAUGCUAGAUUUGAUGAUUUUAUUUUUGAAUUUUGUAUUAAAUUAAAUUCAAUUACUCCUUUAAGGAACUUGGAAUUUCGUAAUCCACUAUCUUUUUAUUUACACAGUGAAUAUUCAUUGAAACUUUUGAAGAAUUUAAAUGCUUUAGAAACAUUUACUUGUACUUUAAGUAAUUAUACUAACAUAGAUGAAUCUGUUGAGGAAAAUGAAUUUUUUCAGAAAAUUGAUAAAAUAUUAAAAGAAAAUGAAAAUAAAUUAAAAGCUUCUUUCCGAUUUUUGGUUUUUUUUGGCUUAAAAAUUAGUGACAGGUGAAAAACGCCUGUCCGGAAUAUGCAGCAUUUUACACUCUCUCGCAUUGUGUCUAACAAAUAUCCGAAAAUCCGACGCCACAAACGGCCAUUCCCAUUAGUUAUUAACCGCCCAUUAUCUAAACUUAACAUCGCCACAAACUUAUCCUUAGGAAAGCA